AUGCUACAAUUCCUCAAGCGUGCCCUGCGCAAACCACGCGCAAAUGUAUACGGCCUAGACCAUGCCGUUCUCAACAUUCAGCUCCCACCACAGACUAUGUGGAUGAACAUGGGGUACUGGGAGCACACAAAUGACUUUCCAGAAGCCUGCCAAGCGCUUCUGGACCAAGUACUCACAGCGGCGCUAUCAACGGAGCGCAAAUCCGCCGUGAGAAUCUUGGAUAUCGGGUGUGGAUGCGGUGAUCAAUCACUGUACCUGACUAGUCUGUUGAAAGGCUCUUCCACCCAGUCCCAUCCCAGGGCUGAAUCUGGGAUAACGGCCUCAAUGAAAUCAUACCCCGAUAUCAAAUCAACAGAGUCAAGCCUACGGUCUCGUCAUGGCAAGAGCAUGCAAUCCGCUGCAUUACCCCGUCUAGAAUCCUACAUCGGCAUCACAAUCGAGCCAGCACAGGCCUCGCUCGGCGCAGCGCGUCUCAACCGCGAAAACGAGUCCUCAAUUCCCGCAAAAAUAUUUUGCGCGGACGCCGCAGCUCCCACUUCCUGGGCCGGCGAGUUGGAGAAAUCAACCGCGACCCUUGCAGCCCAAACCGGAGGAACCAACGCAUCAACAUGGCUCCUGGCCCUAGACACACUCUACCACUUCCGUCCCUCCCGUCUCCCCAUCCUGCGCUACGCGUGCAAUACCCUCAACGCCUCAUUCAUGGCAUUCGACUUGAUACUCUGCAGCAGUAUAACCUGGUACGAUAAGAUUCUCUUGCGACUUGUAUGCUGGGGCACGAACGCGCCUUUCGGCAAUUUCAUUUCAGAAAAGGAAUACGUGGAUCUGCUUGUUGAGGCGGGCUACGACGCUACGCAGAUUGAGAUUAGGGAUAUCUCGAAACAUGUUUUUGGGGGGUUGGCGGGGUUUAUUGAGAGGAGGACUGGGGAGGCGAGGCCUUUUGGUAUUGGGAUGGGGAAGUAUUCGGUUGCCAGGGUUGCGUUUUCGUGGUGGGCUAAAGGGAGGGUUGUUAAAGGGGUUGUCGUUGUUGCGAAGAGGGGGUGA